AUGAACGCAACAACUGUCCCCGUGGCUGCGGCGAUACAUCCAUACUAUCCUCUCGGCGUGCACAUCCCCGGCUAUGUGGACAAUGACGCCUUCAUCAAGGACUACGUUUUCCCCUUCCUAAGCAGCUGGCUGGUCAUUAUGGGUGCAGCCUGGCAAGUCUCGCGAUGGGCGACCCCCAAGCUCAAGACCAGCGAUCGAUUGACGCUGUGCUGGUUCUUUCUGUGUGGCUUGAUUCACUGUUUCUUCGAAGGCUAUUUUGCCCUGAAUCACGCACGCAUGGGCAAUGCCAAGGAUCUGUUCGGGCAGCUUUGGAAGGAGUAUGCAUUGUCGGAUUCGCGCUAUCUGACGUCGGACCCCUUUACCUUGUGGAUGGAAACCAUCACCGCCUUCUUCUGGGGUCCUCUGUCACUUGUCCUGGUGUACAUGAUCAGUGCCGACCAUCCCCUUCGCCAUCCCAUCCAGGCAAUGGUGUCCAUGGGCCAGAUUUAUGGUCUGUUGCUCUACUACGCAACGGCUCUUUUCGAGCACUACUACAACGGUCUCACCUUCUGUCGUCCUGAAGGCUAUUAUUUCUGGUUCUACUAUGUGGCUGUGAACGCUGUCUGGUUGGCCAUACCCGGCCCUCUGCUAGUACACAGCGUCCAUACGAUUGGGAAGGCGUUUCAGCAACUCAAGGAUACAGCCUCGGCUGCCAAGCCUCAAGCGAAUGGCCACAUCAAGCAUGAUUGA